GCAGCAGCAGCGGCGGCGGAGGCAGAGGCAGCAGCAGCAGCAGCAGCAGCAGCUGAGGCACAGCGGUGCUUCCCUGUCGGAGCACCAGUCUCUAGAAUCCUAGCAGUCAGCCUCAUCUCUCUCCAUUGACCGACAGCCAGAGCAGAAGAGCGGAGAUUCACAACUCCAAAAUGCAGCCACAACAGCAGCAACAGCAGCGUCGAAAAUUUGCAGCUGUCUUCUUGGCAUUCAUUUUCAUUUUGGCAGCUGUGGACAUUGCUGAAGCUGGCAAGAAAGAGAAAGCAGAAAAAAAGGUGAAGAAAUCAGAUUGUGGGGAAUGGCAGUGGAGUGUGUGUGUUCCAACCAGUGGGGAUUGUGGGCUGGGUACCCGGGAGGGCACCCGGACUGGUGCAGAAUGCAAACAAACCAUGAAGACUCAAAGAUGUAAGAUUCCUUGCAAUUGGAAGAAACAAUUUGGAGCAGAGUGCAAAUACCAGUUCCAGGCUUGGGGAGAAUGUGAUGUAAACACUGCCCUGAAGACAAGAACAGGAAAUCUGAAGAGAGCUCUUCAUAAUGCUGAGUGUCAAAAGACUGUCACCAUCUCCAAGCCAUGUGGGAAACUUACCAAACCCAAGCCACAAGCAGAAUCCAAGAAGAAGAAAAAGGAGGGCAAGAAACAAGAGAAGAUGUUGGACUAAAAGACAGCAAGCUGGGCAGAACAUUAAAGGGACAUCGGCAAACAUGAUCAGUUAACAGUUUUAUUUACACCAAUUGUAGGGGUCCUAUCCUAAAGUUAUUUAUAGCUUAAUUAUACAAUAGGAAGAAAGAAAAAAAAAAGAACUUUUUUAUAGUAGUAUUUUUUCAUGUAUAACCAUAACACUGUUAGGUGCCUGUAUUAAAAGACUGUAAUUCCAUUUAGAAAUUCAUUUCUAUCAUACAAUGAACACUAUAUAAAAGCUUAAAGUCAAUUUUUCAAAGUCAUGCACAAUUUUAGGUAUAAAACCAACCAUCUUUUUAUAUUGUUUUUCUUUUAGUGGGAGUUAAGAUUUCAUGAUGACUGAGUAAAUGAAUUCUCAGGUUAGGUGCCCUCCCUGCUCCCUUUUCAAAUUUGAACUUUUUCCCAGGCAAAAUAAAUUGAAUUCUUCUUCCCAUUUAUUAUAGGAAGAAAUACCAUCUUUUCAAACAUUAAACUCUUCUUUGCUUUUAGUCAGUUAAAACAAGAAACAUCAGUAAUCUUAAACCUUCUCCCGUGCUCUGGAACAAAUGCUGUUUUUUUUUUUUAAAAGCAAAAAUAGUAUUUUGUAUUCAAAAUGAUUUCCUAUUUUGGCAGCAAUCUUUGUUUUCUAGGCAAAAGAAAUUUUUCCAUAUGAAAAAUUACCAGGAAGAAAAUAUGCUGUUUUAUUAGAUAAUUCAUUUCUAAAAUCUUCUCCUGUCUCCCACUGUACUGCCCCACUCCCGUUCCACCCAGUCUGAUCUAUUAGUAAUGAAGAUUUAUUGCUUAGAUAUAGUUAAAAGACUUCUGUACAUAAGCAGAAGAUUUAUUUUUAGUGAUGCUCUUUUCCUUGACAUUGAUUAUUGGAAAGUGUGAUUAGAUUGGUGCUAUUGGCCUCAAACAAGGCCACAUAUAGGGCUGGGUUUGGGGAAUAGGAAAGAAAGAAUUACAUUUUGUAAUGAAAAGGUUUACAGUUGCAAGGCACAUACCAGUCCUAGAGUAACAAUGUGAGAACUGGAAGAACAUGAAUCCUGUGUCUCUGCCAGGCUAUUUGGUUACAAUAGAUAUCAUGUGAGUGCCAAAGACCAUGUGUGUAACACCUUUAUCUCUUGGCCCUUCAAGGGGCAUUUAUAAAGGAAGCAGAGCUAUAAUUAGAAAUUUAGGGGCUCAGGAAAACAGUACAAACUGUAUCCCCCCCAAUAAACCUUGAAAUUCAUGAUAUGCAAACAAUAGAAUAAGCAAUCAGGAUGAAAUCAGUUGAAAAGGGAGAGUUAGUUAUCAUAGAGGCUCACAGAUGGGUGCUAUUAACAUUAUUUGUGAACUUGUAGCUUCCUAUUUUAAUUUUUUUUCAUGCUAACUAGGUAGUUAUAAGUUCCUAGUUUGUAAUUUCUUAUUUCAAUCUGUAGGAAAGCAUGUGUAAAAUCUUUAUACUUUCUAAAUAUUGGUGCCCUGGAGCAAAGCCUCAAUCACACUAUCUUAGUUAUGUCUCAAUGGAAGAUUUCUCUGAUUUUAUGAGAAAUAUAAAGUUGUUUGACAUUAUCUAAGUUCAAAGUUUUGGUCUUAUCAUAAUCAGUUAUUCUGUAAGACAGAAGAUUAAAAUUAUUACUAUACUUAUUUUAAAGAAGGGACAUCUGCAUAUUCCAGUCAUCUUAUAAAGACAUGAGAUCCAUUCCCAGAGUAGUUCUAACUUCUAGGGAAAGUUUCCCCAUUAGGGGGAUCUGUGUUCAAUUCUGUCUUUACACUAAAUGCCAACUUGCAAAAUGAAUUAUAAAGAGGUAGGGACCAUGCUUUGAGAUUGAUUCCUGUUUAAUAAAAAUGGAAUGCCCUAGAAAAUUCAAAUGAUAGCCAGAUGUAUAGGAAAAGAUUUCUUUUUUUUUUUUUCAAGAUGAUCUAAAUCAAAGGGAAAAUAUAUGCACAGGGGGUAGAAAGAUGAGGUGAGACAAAUAUAUCACAUCCAACUUUUUGUUGGCUGUUCAGAAUUACAACAGAAUGUUGGGUAGUGAUGGAAAGGAGCUGCACUGUAUUCUAUUAGCUUGUCAUCAUCAUUGCUUUUGCAUUAGCACUUCCUACAGGUACUAGCCAAAAACAACAUCCCAUGAAUCCAUAGUGAGUCAGAAUAAGAUCUCUUAAGUGACAGCCUAGUAAAUAUCCAUGCCAUACUCCUCUAUUGACAGGACAUUAUGAGAAGCCAAAGAAAUGCAGGAGAUUUCUGUUGUUUUAUCUCCAGCCCUUAACAAAUCGUAUAAUUGACCCUCUGAUUCUUUCUCUUGUUAGGAAAAAAAGGUCAGUUUGUAUAGCAGGGCUGUAAUCUCAGUUGCAUAUGUGUGAAAUUAAAUUUCCUUCCAACUGCCAGAACUAUCUUACUGAAACUGGCUUUCUGACUUGCUAAAUCACAAUGAGAAACUGCCGAGAUAAGGAUCAAAAAGAACAAACUACAAACUUGGAUGAUUAUUGCAGUUGUUGUUGUUGGUGAAACAACUGAUGGUCCCAAUAAAUUGGGGAGUUUCAGAAAACACAGGGGAAACCCUUUCUUCAAACACUUUUCAUUUCAUGAGAUCUUAAACCUGCUAGGCUUAGAGGGAAGGAGUAGUAAUAUGAGAGAUUUUCUUAUACUUUUCAAAAGUUUAAAUUCAAAUAUUUGCCAGUUGCAUGAGUGGAAGAAUAUGGUAGGCAUGAGGUUUUUUCACUGAGCCUUCUUGUAAGUUAAAAAGAGGAACCCCAUGAAAAGGUCCCCAGUAAUCAGGAUUUAGUGUUCAGGAGGGUUGCUAUCCAUUGAUUUGCUAACAAAUAUCUACUUUCUUAGUUAUUCUGAUAUAUUAUGAAGAGAUAUGACUCUUUCCAUCUCAAUCUGUGCAGUUUGUGAGGAAGAGGAAGAAAAGAUUCAUUGAAAUGAGACCUUCAUGUUUGGGUAGUUGGUGGCAAAUAAGUUCUUAAAGGCCAAGGCCUUUGAUGACAGAGAAUUCCCAGUCUCUGAAGCUCUAUCAGAGGAUGGUUCUUUGAGAGUUACAUUCUUAAAACCAUUUCUGUUUAGAUUCAUAUAGGGAGCUGAAAGACUGUAUAUUUCAUGGUAAAGAAUAUGAUUACUUAGGAAGAAGAGGAAAAUUCAUUUUGAAGAAGAGCUUUCUCUGGUCUCAUUUCUAGAAAACCACAUUAAGGAAUAAUUAAAAGCAAGCUCCAUCUCAUUAUCUAAGUUCAUGAUUACAGGAAUAGAGAGCUAUGUUUAGGGUUGUCCUGAGAUUGAAAGGUUAAAAGAUAACUUUGUAGAAAACCUGGGUUGCUUUUGAACUAAGGAAACUAAAGAAUAAUAGUGAGUUCUGUUUAAUUCUUACUUUCUUUUUAUAUUUAUUUGAAAACAAUUGAAAUUCGGUUUUACUAUUGUCAAUUUUGACCCACAGGUGCUUCAAAAUCAUUCACAGUAAUGAGUGAAAAUCUUAUUUCUAGGUCACUUCCUAUAUAUUUUCUAACCUAAGGAGAGCUGGAAUUUAGUCAACUUCUUGACACUUAAAUGUUUGACUGGCCUGUGGGAAAGGCUAUAUAACUUUUUCCAUUAAAAAAAGAUAAUCCAGUUAGCUUAAGUUUUUAAAGUGAAGAGUAAAGAAGUUAAGGUGACUUUUUGGGGUGAGAUGCUUUAGGAGGUAAAGAGAAGGGAAUAUUUUGCACCAGAUUUUAUAGUCAUAACACUAUUUCAAAGUGUGAAAAUUCAAAACUUUGCUAGAAUAUUGUACAUGGUUUUAGUUCGCUAAAUGGGAUGGAGGCAAAGAAUUUCUCCCUUCUUAAUCUUUUUCUAUAAUGACAAGGGCAGAAAAUGAGUCCUGAAAGUAGUUCAUCAAGGCACUGAUUCCAGUUUUAAAAGAAACUAUUGAUCUUUUUUAAUAAGUUUGCUCAAGAGGGAAGAAGGUCCUGAGUGUGUAGCAAGUAGUGCCUACCUCAUACUUGUCUGGAAUGCUGGCUUCCAGGGGAAGGACAGUGUGGAGGACACUUCAAAAAGGGUGACUAAUGUCCCUUUGCUACAGUAAUAUCUCUCUCUCAUUGCUUCCAGUCACCCAUUAGGCCAAGUAGAAACCAAAGUUAAAAUAUGCCCUCAGGGUGAUCUGGCAGUGCCUGUGCAGGGUAGCCAAUGAAAUAUCUCCAUUCAGGAAUGUUUUCAUGUGAGGAAAUGAUGGUCUAAAUGACUUUUCCAUUUGACUAGAAAAAUAUCAACAAAUCUUCCACUCCCUGCACCUAUAACUUUGCUCUUAUAACUUAAAAUAAGAAAAUAUGUUCAAAUAAAAACUUAGCAGGCACAAAAUAUUGAUGAAUCACAUGUAUAUACUAUACCUAUUAAACAUUAUAGUACCAAGUUACUCAUGGGGUUGGGUGAAGUUUGUUUUUAAAUUUCUUUUUGUAUAUUGAUUGUUAGAAGCAUUUUAUCUUUUGGUCUUUGAAAAUCUGCACGAAAGCCAUAUAUCUGCAUAAUAGAAUAAAAACAUGAAUAAUCCUGAUAUAAUAUCCCUAUUGGUUCCCUAGCCUCCUGUGAUGGGAUGCCUUAGAGAAUGUAUACAUUUAUUGAUUGUAUCUACCUACUUGACUUGCUCUUAGUGGAGAUAAAAAAUAAAAAAAAAAUCUAAUCAAAGA